CAGCCACAGGGAGGGGCGACCGCUGUUUAUUUGAUUAAUAAACGGUUUUCUGGGUGAAAAUAAAAGUUUAUUUACAACUGCGAGUAUUCAGCAUCUGCCAAGCGAGACACGAAAAUUACGGCUGUCUUUUAAUCGCAGGACGGAUGAACUUUGAGCCAUUAAAACGUUGGAAUAAUAGACUUUUUUCCUGAAAAAUAUUUAAAUGUAUUUAUUGUGUUGUGGAUGAAUGAAUCGUCCCGUCGGGAUGGAGCAGGUGAAUGUUCUCAAGAGAUUCAUUGAAGCCGUGAAAAGCGAAGAACAGAAGGGAGAAGAUAACUUCAGCUCGGACUUUAUGCGAUUGCGCCGAUUAUCAACUAAAUACAGAACUGAGAAAAUCUACCCGACUAAUGUUGGUGAGCAGGAGGAGAAUGUGAAGAAAAACAGAUAUAAAGACAUUCUUCCGUUUGAUCACAGUCGUGUGAAGGUGACGUUAAAAACAUCCAAACAGGACAGUGAUUACAUCAAUGCCAACUUCAUCAAGGGUAUAGACGGUCCAGAGGCUUACAUCGCCACUCAGGGGCCGCUGCCGAACACAGUGCUGGAUUUCUGGAGGAUGAUCUGGCAAUACAAGAUCACGGUCAUUGUGAUGGCGUGUCGGGAGUUUGAGAUGGGUCGGAAAAAGUGUGAACGCUAUUUUCCUCUGUUUGAAGACGAGCCUGUGAUGUUUGGACCCUUCACCAUCUCCUGUGAGUUGGAACAACCACGGACGGAUUAUUUCAUCCGCACGCUCACAGUGGAAUUUGAUCAUGAAUCACGACGAGUGACACAGUUUCAUUACGUGAACUGGCCGGAUCACGAUGUGCCAUCAUCGUUUGAUUCUAUACUGGACAUGAUCUCGCUGAUGCAGGAAUAUCAGGAACACAACGACGUUCCCAUCUGUGUCCACUGCAGUGCGGGCUGUGGCCGAACAGGUGCGAUCUGUGCUAUAGACUACACAUGGAACUUACUGAAAGCUGGGAGAAUUCCAGAAGAUUUUAACGUUUUCCAGUUGAUUCAGGAGAUGAGAACACAACGCCAUUCUGCAGUUCAGACCAAAGAGCAGUAUGAGUUGGUUCAUCGAGCGAUCGCACAGCUCUUUGAGAAACAGGUGAUGAUUUUAGAGAGUCCAACAAACUUUGAGAUCACAGACGGGAUGGAAGAGGGCAGCCCGGAAAAACCCAGCCAGAACUCUGACGAGGAAAGAUGGGACACGCCCCCUCCAAAACCGCCCCGUAUCCGCAGUCAUCAGGUCGAGGGUGAUGUGAUGGAGGAGAUUUUACAGCCACCCGAGCCACACCCCGUUCCCCCGAUCCUCACCCCCUCACCACCCUCAGUGUUUCCAACGGUUACGAAUGUGCGUCAAGACAAUGACCGGUACCACCCCAAACCCAUCCUGCACGUGCUGGCAUCCAGUCAGAAUCCUGACCUCAACGAGAACUACAACAAACCUGGAGACAACGCCCCAGCCCCGCCCACCCUCAUGAUGGAGUCGUUCUUACCCUGCGACGGGCUGGACAAGCGUUUGGAGCGCAAACUGAGCAUCGAGAUCAUGAAAGUGCCACGUCAGGAGGGGCCGCGGAGCUUCGAGGGCAACAGUGCACUGCAGCGCUCACACGGGUUCAAACGCUCUAACACCACCAGCAGCAGCUCAGCGUCAGAGGAAUCGAACGACCUGCCGCGACCCGAUCACCUGCCACUGAGAGGCGUGAAGGGUCACGCCGCCUGGACGACAUCCAAUACUGAUAGAGCGAGCUCGCCAUCCGAGCGCACUGUUAGCCCCGCCCAAUCCUCCAUCAAAUGUGCUCUGAGCUUCACAAACCCGCUGCAUUCAGACUUCACUGACGCGCAGGGAGACGACAGCCGCAACACUAUCUCCACAAUGACCAGCAUUGUGCUGCAGAGCGAUCUGCCGCUGCGCGGGGUUACACGGAUGUCCAUCGGCAAGCAAAACCUGUCAACAGAAACAACAAACUGUGACAUCAGUGAAGAUUCACCCCCCCCACUUCCUGUGAGAACACCCGAGUCUUUCCUCCUGGCCGCAGAUGAGGUGUCUACAGAUGAUAUUGCAGAAGAACCUUCAUUACAGACAACUGCAGUCACACAAACCUCUGCUAGUCCUCUAAAGAGCGAUUCAGAGCAGAAGAGCGGAAAGAGUCCAGAUCCACCGUCAGUAGCCACGCCCCCUGACCCCCAGAUGGACAAGACAAAAAAGAAUAAAGGCUCCGCCCAGAUCAGAUUCGGCAGCCGCUGUUCCCAUCCCAAAGGCCCCAGAGACCCCCCGUCCGAGUGGACGUGACUGCGGUCGCCGCACAGUCGCUCGCACACGCCUCUUUUUCUGUCGUAAGUGCGGCUGUAGACGGUCGAUGGAGACUCUGUGACCUCGUCUGACUAACACAAUCAGUAACGCUACAAAGAUAAUCUCCCAUGAUGCAGCUGUUGUUCUGCCGUGCACUCGCUGGUGAUAACCGUCUGCUGUACAGGAAACAUGCCUUACUGUGAUUGGACCAGAUUUACCAUGUGACUGUCACUGAAGGUGAAGCUAUUCGGUAUCUUUAAUGAUAGUUUACCAUCUUUACAACGAGAGCAGUGCACACAGGGCCAGAGAACACGCCAUCAUCUUCAUGACUGUAUCUGCAUUCUUCAUACGUGUACAGCGCGAGCAGUAAAUAAUAAUGAUGCAAACGUACUAUCACGGAAUAUAUUAAUGACACGCAUGAAACCUGUCACAUGUACCUCAAACCGUAAAUGAUUUGCCCUUGUGUUAGAACAAAUGAUUUCAGGGUUGUAUUUUUUUUAUUUGUUUGUUUUCUACCAUUUUUACAGCGUACUGAUCGUUCUUUUCUUUCGUUUCUUUUGUCAGGUUGAUUUCUCCAAAGUCUGGUGUGAAUCGCUCCAGAUUGUAAUGAUGCUUUUGUAAAUUCUAUUUUAGAGGUUAUUUUUGUAUAUGCCAUUUUCUCACUUUACAAACAAUGCACGAUCUCAUCUGUGCCUUUAUAGUGUGUGUGUGUUUGUGAGAAUGUUGUAUGAGUGUGUGUUUGUUUGUAUGUGUGCAUGCGCGUGUGUUGUAUGAGUGCGUUUGUGUGUGUUGUAUGAGUGUGCGUGUGUUUGUAUGUGUGCAUGCGCGUGUUGUAUGCGUGUGUGUGUUGUAUGUGCGUGUAUAUGUUUUAUCUGUGCGUGUGUGUGUUUUAUAUGUGCGUGUGUGUGUGUUUGUAUGUGUGCAUGCGCGUGUUUAAUGAGUGUGUGUGUCUUUGUAUGUGUGCAUGCGCGUGUGUUGUAUGAGUGUGCGCGUGUGUUGUAUGAGUUUGUGUGUGUGUGUUUGUAUGUGUGCAUGCCGUGUGUAGCAUGAGUGUGUUUGUAUGUGUGCGUGUGUUUGUGUGUGAGUGUGUUUGUAUAUGUGUGUGUGUGUGUGUGUGUGUGUGUGUGUGUGUGUGUCAGAUCAAUAAUAUUUAUUGCCUGUUUCAGUGUAACGCUUCAGACAGACGCGCCUGCAGCUGAAAUGACAAUCUGCGCUCACACACGCUCGGUCUCAGUGUCCAGUAAUGUGUGAAUCUGAAACAGUGUUUGUAUUUAAGUGAUAUUACUCAGUAAUCUAGUGCUACACUACUGCAGCAAUGUUUCAUUUGUCACAAAUGUUCAUCUGCUGAUGAAUAAGCUGCAGCACUCAAACUGUAAUAAAUUCAAUUUCUACAAUACAGCAAUAAAAAUAUAUUUGACUACCAUUCAAAUAUGUUUUGAUAUAUGA